AUGCCCUUCCUCAUUCCCAUCCCGGAGGCGAUCCAAGUCGAUACGCGAGGCGCUGUUAUCUUGCAUGAGGAAUCCCCAGAGACUCGAGAUAGUAGAGGCAUCUAUCUACCCAAUCAUAUAGAGCCUGUAUCACACAUUGCGGUUGAUAUUGGUGGAUCACUAGCCAAAGUUGUCUACUUCACACGUUCAUCCGAUGCCCCGUCAACACCACCGGGAACGAGUGGGCUGACUAAUGGCUUUCAUAAUCACGGCAAUGGCAAUGGAUACCAUGAUCAUUUCGAACCUGAGGGAAGCACUGUGAAGUCGAAUGGUACUCCGAACAAGCAACACCGGUUCAACGGGGCUCUUACACCAUCCUCACUCGAGUCGCCUCCGCUCCCGAACUUUGGAUAUCAAUUUGCCGAUGAGCUCGUCCGGCGAGCGGCGAUGAAGAACCUCCCUGGCGGUUCGCUGAAUUUCGAACGUUUCCAGACGGAAGACAUCGAGGAGUGCGUGGAGUUCAUCCAAACGCUGAUCGCCCAGAGUGCCGAGGCGAACGGCGUGUCGAUCGAGGAGAUGAGGAAGAGCGUCAAGAUCAUGGCUACGGGUGGUGGGGCGCACAAGUUCUACGAUCUGUUCACCAAGCAGCUGGAGGUCGAAGUUCAUAGAGAGGAUGAAAUGGAGUGCCUGAUUAAGGGGUUGCGAUUCAUCACUCUUAUACGGGGCGAGACCUUCUGGUACUCGGAUGAACUGGUACAGAGCGUAACGAGACAGACGAUUGAGCUUGAGCGGCCAAGCCCGACACCUCCUCAGUACCAAGUAUCGUUUGAAGAACGUCCAACACCGCAGCUCCCAUGCCUGUUGGUGAAUAUUGGCUCUGGUGUCUCCAUUGUAAAGGUUGAGGCGGACGGCAAGUACGAGCGUGUGAGUGGUACCAGUUUGGGAGGUGGUACGCUUUGGGGUCUGCUAAGCCUGUUGACACCCGCUACGACCUUUGAUGAGAUGCUUGCCCUUUCAGAACAAGGUGACAACUCGGCAGUUGAUAUGCUGGUCGGCGAUAUCUAUGGCCAAGACUACGGCAAGCUGGGCCUCAAGUCCACCACCAUCGCGAGUUCCUUCGGCAAGGUCUUCCAGAAAGGGGUAAAGAGGUCAUUUAAACCGGAAGACAUUGCCCGAAGUUUAUUGUAUGCGAUUUCCAACAAUAUCGGUCAGAUUGCAUACAUGAAUGCUGAGAAGUACAACCUGGAACGAAUAUACUUCGGCGGGUGCUUCAUCAGAGGCCAUGCCGCAACCAUCGCGACGCUAUCGUAUGCUAUUCGUUUCUGGAGCAAGGGGAGCAAGCGUGCACUGUUCCUUCGGCACGAGGGAUUCCUGGGUGCCAUUGGCGCAUGGAUCAAGAACAUCGAGCCACCUCAUGCGAUGUAG